AUCGUAUUCAAGAUGGCGGGCGCCGGGAGUGAAUUCCACGUGUGGCUGUGUUCACGUUUAAAAAGUCUGAACCUUGACGAAGAAGUACUCGGAGAAUAUAUCUCUGGCAUUCUAGAUGGAGACGAUUCUACCCCUGAAGAAAAAGAAGAAGCUUUAAAAGAAACUUUAGAAGGAAUGAUGGUAUUUGAAUAUACAUUUUGACAAAUCAGUUUGUCCGACAAAUCACCAAUUAUAUGCUUGCUUAAUGGUGAAUUAUUAAUUGAACAAACUUUUGAGCAGAUCAUUAUAAUGUUGUACAUUCAUGACAUACUAUAGAUGCUAUAAACAUUGAACAUUUUAUAUUAAAUUCGAAGUGUCUAUAUAGAUAUAAAAGGUUAUAUAAGAUAACCGAUCCCGACCCCAAACCUUUCUCUAACUCCUAACCUAACCUUUUUGAGAGUUAGAAAAGGCAGAAAAAAAGUUUAAUUAAAAAAUUUUAAGGAAAAAAAUGCUAAGUCAGACAAAACAUAACACGACCCAGACUGUGUUUCACCCUCCGCACGCAAUGCCUUUACCAUAUACGCUAAUGGCAAGCUCGGUGAAAGCCAUCUCAAACAAAAGUUUUUAUAUUUUAACUAUAGUCACUAUAUAGCCAGCAUUGUACUAAAUAGCUGGCGGCCGGCUGAAUAGACACUUUGUAUUAAAUUAUUGACAUGUAGGAGUCGCCUGAUAACAAUGUUAGUUCAGAUAUCUUUAUGAAGUGGAAGGAAUGCGAAGAAAAGAAAGCAAAACUAAAACAAGAAAGUGGUGGGUAGUCAAUUUUCAUUAUCUUUAGAUUGACCACACAGAGGUGUAGCCAUCCUUAAAAGAGGGGGGGUCUAAUUAUCUGGCCGGGGGAAUAUUUUUAUGGUCCGUAUAACAUACAUACAUACAUAUAUAUAUGUAUAUGUAUAUAUAUAUAUAUAUAUAUAUAUAUAUAUAUAUAUAUAUAUAUAUAUAUAUAUAUAUAUAUAUAUAUAUAUAUAUAUAUUACUCCCUAACAGGGCUUUUCAGUCAUCAGUUACAUUGAGUAUUACUCUUACUUGUAUUAGUUUAAAAUAAUAGUUUUGUGUUUUUUAUUAGAAAACCAAAAACAAGACAUUUUAGCCGCUGUGGUAGAAAAACAAAUGAAAACAACAAACAAUGUAAACAAGAAACCAUCCCAUAAACUUGAUGAAAAUGUUAAAAAAAAUUUGAUAGCCCAAUAUGGUCAGGAAUAUGAUGAAGAUUUUUAAUAUCCUUUGAUUCAAGAUUUAAGCUAGUUAGAACAAUUUGUGAACUUAACCAAUUGAAUGUACCCUCUUGACAGAAUAAAAUAGUAAAGUAGACUGUAUUGAAUGAAUGAUAAUAAUAUUUAUUCAGGAAACCAACAUCACAAGAAGUGUUUUCCAGAUGGUUCCUGCAAUGAUGGUUCCUUUGCUUCUUAAAGGGUUAAAAUUUAUGUAAAUCAACAGGUUUUUGUAUCAAAUGUGAAAGCUCCUCAUGCACAGUUAUGUUUUCUUUUGUGCUUUUCUAUUGAAUAUUGUUAAUAAUGAGAAUUACAUAUUUCCUUAACUGAUAUUACCUCGAGCAGUGACGAAGAAGCACCAUCACAGACAACUAAAUCACAACCAGUAGAAAAAGACAAAGGUAUUUUUAUUUGUAUUUCAUUCACUAUUCUAUAUAUUUUACCCAACUUCAAAUAUCAAUUAAAAAAUAAAUACUCAUCCCUGGCCAAAAACUUUACAAAAGGUACUGGUUGUCAAACAUGUCCUUUACCACUUCUGUGACAUGACUUUGAUGAUUGCUUGCUCAAUUUUCUGCAGUCUAAAGUUUCAUGUUGCCUGCACAUGUACUCUCUAUGGAGACACUUAAUUUGCCUCCUAACAAACCGGAAAAUUAUCAAGAUAAUGACUCUCAUUGAUUUACAUAUUGUAUUGACAUAUGAUGGUUGACAUUGCUUUUUACGCCCGUAUUCUAAAAACUCACUCACACUCAAUGAGUGGAGGUUCAAUCUGAGCUUCUCUUGAGUGUCAAUGCUGUUUUCGAAUAGCUGAAGGGUGAGUAGUCGCCGAAUAAAGUAUGAGACUAGCCCUCCAGCUAUUCAAAAACAGCAUUAACACUCAAGAGAAGCUCAGAUUGAACCUCCACUCAUUGAGUGUGAGUGAGCUUUUGGAAUACGGACGUUAGUCUUCAAUAUUUGAGUGAGUCAUGCUUUGGAAAUGACAUUUUUUUUUAUUACCUAACUCUGGAGUUGUUUUGUUUUUCAUUUACCCAACCUUUUACUCACUUAAAAUUUUGUUUAUCCAACCCUUUUCUCUCCCCCGCCAUAAAUACUGACUGGUCCCUAACUGAAACUACUACAAACUUGAAACUAACUUUGAAUAUUCCAGGUGUAUUUCAAAACACAAAUACGAAGUCAGUUUUGGAUAAGGAGAAAGAGAAACGGGACAAACAGCGGCAGGAAAAUGAAGAUAAGAAAGUGAAAGACAAAGAGGAUCGGGAAAAACAAAAGACGAAAGCAGAACAAAGGAAAGAUAAAGAGAAAAAACGGACUCAGAAAGGGGAGCGACGAAGAUAGUACUGCUCUGGAAAACGGAGUAUUACAAAUAGAAUGGAACAUUGACCAAAAAAAUUAGAAAGAGUUUGAGAAAUAUUACGAAGACAUUUUGUACUAUAGAUUUAUACUAAACAGGUCUAUUAGUUUUAAACUGUUCUCUGUAGAGGUCCAGUAAGAGCCAUCC